AAUAUUUCACCAGAUGUAGUAGGCUUAAAUAAUCCUUAUCGUGGCCAAAUCCUCCCAAGGAAAAUUACAUACUAGAAUAAUUAUGUAUUUAAACAAGAAUGUUGAAGUUUAGCAGAAUUUGGGUUAAUGGUUAAUUUAUUUUAUAGUGCCAUAAACCCUUGAUGUUUCCAUUGAUGAAUUUCUCUUGACUAGAGAGCCAUAUAGCAAGGGAUAUGGCUGUGAAUUCGCUGUUUGUGGCACCCACACUGGAACCCUUGGUGAGACCUCACAGAGACACUCCCCACCGCACGCGGUUCCUGGAUAUGAAAUGUGCUGCGGGUUAACCUUUUCCACCCUACACACUCACCUCCUGCCCUCCGUGGGGUUUGGGACCACAAGGCUGGUGUCACUCAAGACUAGUUAACAAGUUGUCGUGAAGCCCCGUGGAUCCAUGUAAUGUUCAGGCUCAGAAAUGCCUUAUGUGGAUCGUCAGAAUCGCAUUUGUGGUUUUCUAGACAUUGAGGAAAAUGAAAACAGUGGGAAGUUUCUCCGAAGGUACUUCAUACUGGACACCAGAGAAGAUAGUUUUGUGUGGUACAUGGAUAACCCACAGAACUUACCUUCUGGAUCAUCACGUGUGGGAGCCAUUAAACUUACCUACAUUUCAAAGGUUAGCGAUGCAACUAAGCUGAGGCCAAAGGCUGAGUUCUGUUUUGUUAUGAAUGCAGGAAUGAGGAAAUAUUUCCUACAAGCUAAUGACCAGCAGGACCUAGUAGAAUGGGUAAAUGUGUUGAACAAAGCUAUAAAAAUUACAGUACCAAAGCAGUCAGACUCUCAGCCUCAUUCGGAUAACCUAAGUCGCCAGAGUGAAUGUGGGAAGAAGCAAGUGUCUUACAGAACUGAUAUUGUUGGGGGCGUGCCCAUCAUUACCCCAACUCAGAAAGAAGAAGUAAGCGAAUGUGGUGAAAGUAUUGACAGAAAUAAUUUGAAACGGUCACAAAGCCAUCUUCCCUACUUUGCCCCCAAGCCACCUCCAGACAGUGCAGUCAUCAAGGCCGGGUACUGCGUGAAGCAGGGAGCCGUGAUGAAAAACUGGAAGAGAAGAUAUUUUCAAUUGGAUGAAAACACAAUAGGCUACUUCAAAUCUGAACUGGAAAAGGAACCUCUCCGUGUAAUACCACUUAAAGAAGUUCAUAAAGUCCAGGAAUGUAAGCAGAGUGACAUAAUGAUGAGAGACAAUCUCUUUGAAAUUGUAACAUCGUCUCGAACUUUCUAUGUACAGGCUGAUAGCCCGGAAGAGAUGCACAGUUGGAUUAAAGCAGUCUCUGGGGCCAUUGUCGCGCAGCGGGGGCCUGGCCGAUCAGCACCUUCUGAGCGUCCCAGCUGUCCCCCAGAGCCCCGGCCCGCUUUCCGCCCUGCCGCCGCCGCCACCACCGCACAUGGCGCGGCCUCUCGCAGCAACUCUCUGGUCUCAAGCUUUACCGUGGAGAAGCGAGGAUUUCACGAAUCUCUUGCCAAGGUCAAGCCAGGGAACUUCAAGGUCCAGACUGUCUCUCCAAGAGAACCAGCUUCCAAAGUGACUGAACAUGCUCUGCCCAAACCUCAAAGUAAAGCUGGCCCUCAGGAUAACGACUGUGACCCGGUGGACUUGGAUGAUGCAAGCCUUCCGGUCAGUGACGUGUAGGACGGAGCCCCCCUCCCCCGCCUCCCCGCCCUGUUUCCUCUCACGAGGCUUCUAGCCAAAGAUGAUAAAGGGUGAAGUGGUUUUAAUACAUAUAUCAUACUGCCUCUUAGAUGUGCUCUUUAUAAGCUGGUAACCACGGGUCUAGGGAGUGGCCAAACGAAACGUAAUUUCUUUAAAACAAAACAAGACACAGUGAACGAACAAAAGGAAAAAACCUCAGUGUUUCAGUAUCAACCGUCUGAAGCUUUGUGUGCUGUCUUUUGGGUGAUAAAAAUGUGUGUGUGAUACCUUUUUUCCUAGUGAACUUGACAAUUUAAAUGUGUCACAACUUAAAACAUUUGAAGUGUUUGUUAAUUAUUUUGGUUGUUUUUAAAAUGCUACUUUGACCCCCUAUUAGAGGCUUGAUAGUUACACAUUCUUACUGGUUAACAUGACUGAAGGAAGUCUUGUCAGACCAAGAUAACUAAACUCAGGACGUCUGUGGCGCCGUACCGUUGAUACCACGACAUGGACAGUGGGGAGUGAUCUGGGUAGCAAGGUGAGCAGCAGGCUCUGCGUAGAGAUUAUCACCGGUGCCGUCAGGGUUGGACGUUGCCCAGAGGUAGAAACUAGAAUUCAGACAGCUGCAUCUUGGACAUGUUUUGGGAAAAGCUUAGGACUUAAGCAGUCGUUGCUUUGUUAAGUGGUGAAAAUGAGUUGGUAUGAAAUUUCUGGAGACCUGAUUUUCCUAUUGAGGUCCUAUAAAUAGUUCUUCUUUCUACAUUUGGGUCAGUGAAAAACUGCGGGUUGUAUGUAAAGACAUGCUGCCCUUCGUCAUGCCUCUCCUUUUUGUCACUAAUUACAUUCAAGUGCCUGUGUUUUCUCAUCUUGCUUGAGAACGUUUGUCAGAUUAAUGUGCUCAAAAGUCCUAUGUGAUUGGUUUUAAACAUUGAGAUAAAAUUAAUUUUCAGUAGUGCAGUUUAAUGUGUUAAGUAAGAUAGCAUCUUAUGUUGGAGAUUCCAGAAUGCUUCUCUUCUACCACCUGUGCGAUAUACGUGUUGGAAAAUGUACACGUUUGAGCGUGCAUUUAGCCACCGGGAUCCCAUCAGUGUGAGCGCUGCUCUAAGAAAUCCUUAGUUUCAAGCGCUGAAUAACAGACCAGUUCGAGGUAUCAUUUUUACGGUUGAUUCUUAAACAUUUGCUUUAAGAAAAUAGUCUUGAAUUUCACAUGCUGCUAUUUUUAUAUUUUGCCAUCUUACUGUGCAGUUUUGUUUUGAAUUCAUAUGUGUCACUGUUUCUCCUUUUCAUUUUCUAAGAUGAUUCUUGUGUGAGAAAGAGAGGGAGAGGUUUCCUACCACAGCAGUGGGGUCCAGAGCCUACUGUCUACUACAUUGGAAUUAGCAGAGAAUCACCUUAAAAACCCAAAUGCGUAAAGUGCACCACUCAACUUUUUUUAUUCAUAAGCUGAUAUUUUGAGAAGACAUAUUUCGAUUUUUUCCUUUUUUGCAGCUAUAUUGGAAAAUGGUAGAUUGGACAAGUUUUAUUUAGUUGCCACUUUUUCUGAUGAUACGUCCAUUACAAUGGCUCUUCUGAAAGUUACUUUUUCGCGAACGUACCUACGAGUGCUCGUGCAGACAGUUUGCGAUGUGUAGGAGCCUAAUGCUUUUUUCUUUGGUACACCUUCUCCGUUGCAUGUUUGUUUUAGCAUAUUUUGGUAUCGGUAAUUUGAUAUAUUUCAUAGUGGCAAAAUAUUAGCUCUAUUUUGAAACUUUUUAUAGAACUACCCUCAUACUCAGUAGCGUAGGAAAAUGUUCUUGUGAUUGUCAGGGUCUCCUAAUAUUUAUCUCAAUACUUUUAUAAUUCUAUGAAAAUUAUUUAAUUAUUUUAAGACUUAUACUUUUCUUGUAAAUAUGUCAUAUCUGAAUUGUCAAAAAUUACUUUGAAUACCUGAAUAUUUGCUGCAUUUUGUUUUCUGUAUAUAGAUAGAACAUGUCUUCUUUCAGAACGGGAAUAUACAUGUACUUCCCGGUGUUUACUUUUACGUCUGCUAUCUUUAUAAUGUCACACUGGUUGAACACUGUAAUGAUUUGAAAAUAAACUUAAAAUUCUAACUUA